AGUAGUAGUAGUAGUAGUAGUAGUAGUAGUAGAAAUAAAAGUCAAAAGUAGAAAGUAGUAGUAAAGCAAAGCAAAGCACAGCAAAGCAAAGCAAAGCAAGCAAAGCAACGCGAAGAAGGAUGAGAAAGGGACGACGGGACACACAGACACAAAGGUCGCGACACAACCCAAGAAGAAAGGCAUUGUGGCCCUUUUCAAAACGAUGCGAAACUUCGAGGCAAGCGCGCGCUGGACCAAUGGCGCAGCUCCAAGUCGCUGUGCGAGAAGCGGGCAGGACAGGCGCGUCUGGGGCCGACGAUUGGCUGGCCCCUGGCUGCCUCAGCGCUUCCGCAGAUCCCUUUAACGCGGCCCUGCUAAGUCCAUGCACUGGCACCUCUCUCGCCACCCUUGACUGGCCCUUUUUCUCUCACCUCUUCCCGGCCAAGCAUCUCCCGCACAUCCUCGUCCUUUCUCACUCCCUCCCCCCACUCCUUGCAUAUCUACUUCCCAUUAUAGCUCCGUCUGUUUCACCACUGCCCACGAAACGCCCGCGCGUAGGGCUGAGCCAUAAAUACAUACUACCACCACAUACCCUCGACAGCUUGCUUGCUUGCUGCUUGCCUGUUGCGCUACGCUGCACUGCGCCCUGCCCGGUCACCAUGAUUUGAGUUGUCGUCGUUGUUGACUUGUUGUCGUCUACCUAGCGUUUCGUGCGUGCGUGCGUGCGUGCGUGCGUGCGCGCGUGCAUGCGGGGCCUGCCUGCCUGCCCAGAGGCGGGGGAAAUUUGCUGUCGUU